CAUCACCGCUCCAAAAAGCUUGCAGUGUUUACUAUUUAAAACAUCAACACUUCAGUAGCCUUCUUCACUCUUUGUCAUAGACACAGCAGAGCAAAGCUGAGAUCCAACAAUGAAGGAUACCACCAAGAACUCAACUUACAGUCCCGAGGAAAUACUUAUGCAUCCAGUCAAGAAGCGAAGAGCAGCAAGUGGAGAUCUCAGGAAUGCUGCGAAAGUACUCCAGAACCAGGAAGAAGAAGAUCACUUACGUGAAGAAGAAGAAGAAAUACCUCAUGAUGAUGGUAAUGAAGACGAUGAUGAGGAAGAAGAUGCAAAAUAUUGUAGACGUGGGUUUGGUCAUGGAUACCAUCUAGUAAAAGGCCAAAUGGGUCAUGGCAUGGAAGAUCACAUCGUGGCCGAUACAAAAACAGUCAAAGGCCACAAGCUUGGGUUAUACGCCAUAUUCGAUGGACACUCAGGCCGUAAUGUUGCAGAUUACUUGCAGAGCCAUCUUUUUGAUAACAUCUUGAGUCAGCCGGAUUUUUGGAAAAAACCUAAGAAGGCAAUCAAGAGAGCGUAUAAACUUACGGACGACUACAUUCUGAGUAGUGUGGUUGGUUCACGAGGUGGCUCCACGGCUGUGACGGCUAUAGUCGUUGACGGGAAGAAACUUGUGGUUGCAAACGUUGGAGAUUCAAGAGCAAUCUUGUGUCGUGAGAGUGAUGUUGUCAAACAACUUACGGUUGAUCAUGAACCUGAGAAAGAGAGAGACCUUGUAGAAAGGAAAGGUGGCUUCAUCUCCACAAAGCCAGGUAAUGUUCCAAGAGUCGAUGGACAACUAGCGAUGACACGUGCGUUUGGAGAUGGACGUCUUAAAGAACAUAUUAGUGUGAGGCCUGACAUAGAGAUUGUUCAGAUCCAUGGUGACACAAAGUUCUUGAUCUUGGCAAGCGAUGGACUCUGGAAGGUGAUGUCGAAUGAAGAGGCAUGGGAUGAGAUCAAAGAGGUUAGGAACGCAGAGAAAGCUGCGAAGGCAUUAGUCGAUGAAGCGUUGGCUAGAGGAAGUAAAGAUGAUAUCUCUUGUGUUGUUGUUUUCUUCAACUAGUUUAAAACCCACAGGGUCCAAAGUCUUCCGAGUUUAAGCAUAUGUUACUAUCAAGAACAAGCACUGUUUCCAUAUAUUAAAAAGUUUU